UUAUCAGACAACCAUCUUGCACAUUAGAUAAUAGUGUCCUUGAUGUGACUGAUUUACCACGUGCACUAUUUACUAAUACUACUAGUACUCGUGUACAUAGUUUCCCCCCCCACACACCGUUUUAACCACACAGAGAGAUGAGAGGAGCAGCUAUGGGUUUAACUUCAGCAGCUGGUGGGUUCGUCUUUCUUCUCCUCACUGCGACAGUGGUGCAGGGCCUGAAUGGUUGGGAGGUUAAAUGCAAUCCUCCUCAGAUCUGUGCCUCAAAAGGAUCAACAGCAGAAAUACACUGCACCUACAGAUACCCGCCCACAGUUACAAACGUUACAAAUAAAUUCUGGUUUACGAAACUGAAGACAAAUGGUGAUUAUGUGAAUCUGAGAACAGACCCAGAAUAUUCAGGACGUGUGAAGUAUGACUGUGAUCAGAACAGCUGCACUCUGCGAAUCACAGACGUGACAGAUAGAGACCAAGCUAACUACAAGUUCAGAUUCAUAACAGACCAACCUGAUGGGAAAUAUACUGGUUUACCUGGAGUCACUUUGUCUGUCGCAGAUCUCCAGGUGCAGGUGAACAGUUUAGAGGUCCAGAAGCCUCUUAGCUGGGCAGAGAUGACGUGUCGCAGCAGUUGUCGUCUGCCAGGUCAUCUUCACUACGCUUGGUUCAAGAAUGAAUGGAAAAUUAGGGAGGACGCAUCUGAUUCUUAUUCAGACUACGUUGGCGCCGCAGACGUCUAUUCCUGUGCUGUAGAUGGAUAUGAGGCCUCCCGCUCUCCUCCAGUGUAUGCACCAAGGCUUCCCUCUGUGUCGGUGAAUCCCUCUACUGAUUUCAUGGUGGGCAGUACAGUGACUCUGACCUGUAGCAGUGAUGCUAGGCCAGCAGCUAAGUAUUCCUGGUACAAGGAGAACCAAACAGUGCUCAUCAACAAUCCACAGCUUGUCCUCUGGUCCAUCCAGUCCUCUGACUCCGGAGAGUUUUACUGUGCAGCUGAGAACAAGCUGGGGAGGAAACAAUCUGAACACAUCUCCGUCGAUGCGAAAUAUGCUCCAAAGCUUCCCUCUGUGUCAGUGAGUCCCCCUGGUGAGAUAGUGGAGGGCAGUUCAGUGACUCUGACCUGCAGCAGUGAUGCUAACCCAGCAGCUAAUUAUACCUGGUACAAGGAGAGCCUAAAGAUGCGUCAAGGUCCAGAAGGCAGUUACAACUUCACCUCCAUCAGCUCCAAGGACGGAGGGCACUACUAUUGCAUUUCCUCCAACCAAUAUGGGAAUAAAAUCUCUUCACCUCUAUUCAUAGAUGUUAAGUAUGCUCCAAAGCUUCCCUCUGUGUCAGUGAGUCCCUCAGGUGAGAUAGUAGAGGGGAGGUCAGUGACUCUGAAGUGUCUCAGUGAUGCUAACCCACCAGCUAAUUAUACCUGGUACAAUGAGCACCAAAAGCUGCUUCAAGGGCAGACAAGAAGUCAACAUUUCUCUUCCAUCAGCUCCAAAGACAGAGGGCAGUACUACUGCAAGUCGGAGAACAAAUAUGGGCACAUCAUGUCUUCACCUCUAUUAAUAGACGUUCAGUAUGCUCCAAGGCUUCUGUCUGUGUCACUGAGUCCCUCUGGUAAGAUAGUGGACGGCAGUUCAGUAACUCUGACCUGCAGCAGUGAUGCUAACCCAGCAGCUAGUUAUACCUGGUACAAGGAGAAUGAAGACUCACCAAAAGCUUCAGGAGAGAUCUUCACCAUCACUGACGUCAGAGCUGAACACAGCGGGAAUUAUUGCUGUGAAGCCCAGAACAAAAGAGGACAUAGCUACACCACUUUGCAUGUCACUGUUGUGGCAGGUCCCCGAAAAGCGUGGACAUCAGCAGUCAUUGGAACAACCCCCGCUGUUUUCCUGGCUAUCAUUUGGCUCUCUGUCUACCUACUGAUCAGAAAAAACAGGGCUGCCAAGCAGUUAUCUGAGCCUGGAGACAGACCGCACGACAGGGAAGAGUGUCUGCCCAGUGCGUCAGAGGAGGAGGCUGACCUUCACUAUGCCACUGUCCACUUCUCCAAGAACCAGCCCGAUCCUGUGUACUGCAACAUCAGACCAGCUGGACCCCGCAGACACGAGGACGAAGAAGUCGUUGAGUACGCUGCUGUCAAAUUUAACAGUGCCGGCACUCCCCCGAGAACAAGAGGGCCAGAAAGUGGGGAGGAUCCAGCUGCACUGUACAGUACAGUCAACAGAACUGUUGAAUGCGAAAGGAAUCUCUAGUCUGUCUGUUUCUUCAUUUUUUCUUUUUCAGCCAUGAUAGGGGCAAAGUUAGUCGUUCAGUUGGUCUGCUAGUUGCUCCAUAAUACUACUAGUGGUCAGAAACUCCACACAGUAUCUUUAACUUUUACCUUAAACAGGCAAGAGAGACGUUUCUUGCUUUAACAUAUCAUUGUGAAGUGAUGUUAAUUGGCCACAGUAAUGACGACAGAAUAAUGACAGCGUCUGUGUUUGGAUUGGUUUCCUAUAAGCCUCGCUUUCACUAUGUGGCUUUAUCUGACAUCAGGUACGAUCUCUCUGGAAAAUGAAGGCUGACCGUGAUCCAGUCUGGCUGACACCGUUUCUAUCUGCCUUCAGACAUCUCUGCAGUUCUGUAUUAGAUACCUAGCAGAUGGUACGUUUGUAAUUAGUAUUUUUUUUUUAAUUUUUAUUUAAUGCCAAUAUAAAUUUGCCAUUUAAAAGCUCAUGUGCGAUUGGAGCAACCGUGCAAUAAAGUUGAUUUAGUUGUAGUUUCACACAGCUGCCACUAGAUGGCAGUGAAUAGACAUGUUUUACUGAUAGGAAACCACAUCAGAGAUCCUGUGAGGUGCAUUCCUCUCUUUUCUGUGUAAACAGUCAACAUUUUUCUGCCCUCCUUUUUAAACAGCCCCAUUUUCACAAUUGGAUUUAUUUCUAGUUAUGUGAUGAAGUUAUUUCUACCACAGUACCAUCACAGCUCAUUAAAUUCUCGUCUUCCUUCCGUUUUAUACUUAUUAGUAUCUCUUUUUUUCUCACUUGCAGUUGUUUACAUUUUUCCUUAUUCUGUUCUGUAUUAUUUCUGUUUUUCUGGAUUAAAAAUUUGGUUGAAAUUCUCACAGCUCAUGUCCACAACAAAGGCCAUAACCUGUGAUGAAGGUGGGUAUUGCUUGAUUUUGAAGGGAAAUGGUCCAGGAGGAGAAGUGAAGCCAGAGUAGAAGGACUGUGUGUGUUCAACUGAAAUGAAACUGGAAACGGAAUAAAAAGCUGCAGUAUGAAGAAGAAGAAGAAAGGCCGACAUGAAAAAUAAUAAUUUCUUUAGAUCGGGGGGCGAUGACUGCAACUGCUUCUCUUUGACGAGCCAUCUGAUGGCAGAUGGUAGUGAUGAUGUUGAAGCUACAGCUGGUUUUCCAGGUUUGGGUCAGUCAGUCCUGAACAGAACUGAGUCUUUGCA